AUGGCAGGGUUCUCAAUGUUUUUGCCAUUGGGAAGCAAGUCAAGUUUUAAGCUGGAGAAAGCAGUGUGCAACCAUGGCUUCUUCAUGAUGGCUCCCAACCGUUGGAUUCCAUCUUCAAAAACACUCCAACGUCCACUGAGACUUGCAGACUCAACUACUUGUGUCACCGUUUCGAUCUUACAUCCGCCUAAUCGGACCUCUCUCCUUGUUCGAGUUCAUGACGUUCAAAACAUCUCAUAUGCAGAUCAACGUGCUAUACUGAACCAAGUGGCUCGAAUGCUAAGGAUAUCUGAGAGAGAUGAAAUGGACAUGAGGGAAUAUCAGAAAGUGCAUCCAGAAGCGAAAGAGAAAGGCUUCGGUCGAGUUUUCCGGUCGCCUACUCUCUUUGAAGACCUUGUCAAGUGGUCGAAUACAUUGAAAAUGGCUCGAGCUCUCUGUGAGCUUCAAUUUGAGCUAAGUAAUAAUAAUAAAGCUUCAGCAAGGUCGGGACAAAAGAGGAAGAGAGAGACGUCAAAUACAUGGCCAUGCAAAGUUAUAAAUCAAAUGGAUGGUGGGAUUUUAGGCAAUUUCCCAACUUCAAAAGAACUCGCUGGCCUUGAUGAGAAUACUUUAGUCAGCGAGCAUAAAGUUCUUGGGUACAGAGCAAAACUCAUUCUAAAACUUGCUAGAGAUGUGGAGCGUGGGACGAUACGACUUCAUGAGUUUGAGGAAGCCCUCGACGACAUGUCGUUUAAUCAGGAUCAAGUGUUUCGGAGACUCAUGAAGAUCAAAGGGUUUGGUUCAUAUGCAUGUGCCAAUGCAUUGAUGUGCAUUGGAUAUUAUCAGCACGUUCCACUCGAUACUGAAACUAUAAGACACUUACAAGAGGUUCAUGGGAGGAAGAAUUGCCACAAAAAGACCGCCAGAAAAUAUGUGGCAGAAAUUUAUGACAAAUAUGCACCAUAUCAGUGCUUGGCAUACUGGUUGGAGCUCUUGGAUUUCUACGAAAGAAAAUUUGGGAAGCUAAGUGAAUUACCCAGCUCUAGCUAUGAAACAGUGAGCGGCAGCAGGGACGGAGCCAUUUCCAAGUCUGCAGUGACCUUGACGCUCUCUCUCCUUUCACAACCCUCUGAACAUGUAUAG